AUUGAACUAUAUCGACUACGUAGAAAGAGUAUGGACGUCCCAGCAUUCAGAUAUCAAUUGCUGAAUGGCUUUGCAGCCAUAGCCGGCAUCAUUACCUGCUAUAUCAUUAGCUAUGCGAUUUACAAUGUAUACCUUCAUCCUCUUCGGAAAUACCCUGGACCCAAGUUUUGGGCCGCAUCGCGAUUACCAUGGUGUUAUUAUCAAUAUAAAGGGCAACUGCAUUAUAGACUACUACAGCUGCACAUACAGUAUGGAAAGACCGUUCGCGUGGCGCCGACAGAACUAUCAUUUGCCGAAGAUGACGCGUGGAAAACAAUAUACGGACACCGUAAAGAAGAGAUGGAGAAAGAUCCCAUAUUCCGUCUGCACACUCCAACUGGAGCUCAGAAUAUCUUAGUAGCAGACAGAGAAACGCAUACGCGACAGCGCCGCUUACUCUCCCACGCUUUCUCCGAGUCGGCCUUACGCGAGCAAGAACCUAUCCUACAGCUGUACGCCCGUAAACUACUCGACCAACUUUCCUUCCACUGUACCACAGGCCCACUAGACAUGACCGCAUGGCUUACAUUUGCGUCGUUUGAUCUCAUCGGCCAUAUGUCCUUUGGGGAAAAUUUUGGUUGCCUCGACAAAGGCGAACAUGCGCCAUUCGUGCGGGCUAUCACGGCUAUGGCGUCCGAACUUACAUUCAAUCAAAUGUGGAAGUACUGGGGCAUUAUGAGUAUUCGGCAGUACUUCACGCCUAAGGGGCUUAUAGGUCAACGCGUCAAGAAUAUCAAGACAGCAAUGCAGACGGUACAGAGACGCAUAGACAACGGCUCUGAGCAUCGCGAUUUCCUGCAUUACAUUCUAUCCGCAAAUGACGAGAAAGGCAUGAGUCCCGCGGAAAUCAACGUUAACGCGUUCUCACUCAGCAUUGCUGGCUCAGAGUCAACGGCGACUGCGCUCUCUGGUGCCGUGUUCCUCAUGCUCACAUACCCAUCUGUGUACCAGCGCCUUAUUCACGAAGUCCGAUCCGCUCACAUUGGAGAGGAGGAAAUCACGCUCGCAAGUACACACAAACUCGAAUAUUUGGAUGCUGUUAUUACGGAGACACUGCGUUUGUACCCUCCAGUGGCCAUUACGCUACCCCGCCGGGUGCCCCUGGGCGGACAGAUAUUUAAUGGGCAAGUUGUGCCUGGAGACAUGACUGUGGGUGUUCACCAUUACUCGACAUACCAUCAUCCCGACAAUUUUUAUCGGCCCAACGAUUUCCUACCUGAGCGCUGGCUAGCAGGAACGCGAGAUGCGCUACCAUUCUCAAAUGACAAUAGAGAUUGCAUGCAGCCUUUUUCGUUUGGGCCAAGAAACUGUUUAGGUAAGAAUAUUGCAAGGGCUGAGAUGCGCUUGCUGUUGGCAAAGCUUUUGUUCAAGUUUGAUUGGCGUAUCGAAUCAGGCCAAGAGCAAUGGAUGGAGCAACAGUUGCAGGGCUUUUGGCAGAAGAAGCCAUUAUUCUGUACUUUGAAGCCAGUUGAAAGGUAG